GGCAGGCUUUAUGUUGACAACCAUGUUCCUCUCCAUGUGGAUAUCGAACACGGCCUCCACGGCGAUGAUGGUGCCCAUCGUGGACGCCAUUCUGGUUGAGUUAUAUUCGUCGCGUGGCAAGGACGGCGAUCAAGGAGAGGCGGCUGGCGACCUGAGUGUGGCUCCGCAGCACCAGAGCCAGAUGGAGCUCGUCACCACCAACGGCAAAUCGGGCCAGAGCCAGGAAGUCAGCGAGUCUCCCAGCCGCGAUGCCGUGGGGGCCAAGGAAGCCAUCGCUGGUGACAGUUCGGACUCGCUCACGGCCACGCCGCCCGACGAGGAGUGCCGCGCCUUCAAGGACAUGUGUUUCCUCGCCCUCGCCUAUAGCGCCAACCUCGGGGGCACAGGCUCCCUCACAGGCACUGGCCCGAAUCUGGUCACCAAGGCAGUUUUGUCGAGCUCCUUCUCCGAGCCCACCGGGCUCAACUUCGCCACGUGGAUGGCGUUCAACGUGCCCGGGAUGCUCGUGUGCGUGCUGCUGGCGUGGCUGUGGCUCCAGUUCCUCUUCAUGGGCCUCUGCGGGCGCAAGAGCUCCAUUCAGCAGACAACCCCCGAGCGAGAGGCCGCCGUGAAGCGCCUCAUUAGGGAGAAGUACCGUCAGCUCGGCCCCAUGACUCACCACGAGGCCACUGUCCUCACGCUGUUCGUCGUCCUCGUGUUCCUAUGGCUCUUCCGCGCGCCCGAGUUCGUCCCCGGUUGGUCCAAGUGGUUCAGCAGCGCCUUCGGGGAGCACCUAGAAGUCGAUGACGCUACGCCCGCGAUGUUAAUUGUGUUCCUGCUGUUCGUCCUCCCCGCCAAACUCAACUUCUGGUGCUUCAGGGACCCUAACGCGCCGCCCACCUCCUCCCCCGCCUGCAUGACCUGGGACGUCGUGCAGAAGAAGAUCCCUUGGGGCGUCGUCCUACUGCUGGGCGGAGGCUUCGCCAUGGCCGAGGCGUCGAAGGUGUCUGGACUGUCCGUGUGGCUGGGGGAGCAGCUGCGGUACUUCGACGUUAUGCCCAAGGAAGCCAUCGUCUUCAUCGUGUGCCUCAUGACGGCCAUGCUGACUGAGGUGGCGUCCAACACGGCCACGGCGUCGAUUCUCCUUCCAGUUCUAAAGGAACUCGCUCUGAACAUAAAAGUGAACCCGCUGUACCUGAUGCUGCCGGCUGCUGUGUGCUGCUCGUAUGCCUUCAUGCUGCCGGUCGCCACGCCGCCCAACGCCAUCGUCUUCGCCGCCGCCAACAUGAGGAGCCAGGACAUGAUGAAAGCCGGUUUCGCCAUGAAUGUGAUAUGCGUCCUGGUCAUUACGGUCAUGAUCAACACGCUCGGAGUGGCGCUUUUCGACCUUCAGAACAUGCCUUCUUGGGCCAACUCGACUAUCGUGAGGCCAACCAUUCCCGCGUGAGGCUCGAAUUUCUGGAUGACAUUGUAGGCGGGAAGUUCAUACUCUCUCUCUAUCUAUCUAUCUAUCUAUUUCACUCUACCUAUUUCUCUCUCUCUCUCUUCUCCUCU